ACCCACUUUUCAAGCAGUUGAGAAGAGACGGGGAUCGGGUAAACAGGGAAACCUCUAGGUUUCGACUACUUUAUCACGGAUACCCGGUGAUUUCUGAUUUCCAGACAGCGUCAACAGGAUAUUAUAACAUGGUGGUGGUAGCAGCAGGGACCGGCGGAGCCCACAAAGUGCUCCUGAUAUCCGGGAAGCAGUCCGGCUCUUCAAGCGGCUCACAGACGGCCUUCAGUCGGCCCAUCUCUGUCGUUUUACCGGCUACAUCCAACCAGGUGUCGUCGGAUUCCGACUCCAACACGUCCGUGGGGGCGCCGGUACGAAAAAGACAGAGGCUCACACAUUUGAGUCCGGAGGAAAAAGCACUUCGCAGGAAACUCAAGAACAGAGUGGCAGCUCAGACCGCCAGAGACAGGAAAAAGGCCAAAAUGGGGGAACUGGAACAGCAAGUCAUUGAGUUGGAGUUAGAGAAUCAGAAAUUGCAUAUUGAAAACAGGCUGCUUCGGGAAAAAACAACUGGUCUACUGACAGAAAAUGAGGAACUGAGACAGAGACUUGGGUUGGACACCCUUGACUCUAAACCAAAGGUUCAGACUAUGAUGUCCACUGGGAACGAUGCAGGUUUGGUGAUCGGGUCUUCUGAGUCCGCAGCACUCAGGCUACGUGUGUCCGCAGCAGGUGCAGGCCCAGCAGUCCCUAAAUCUGAAGACUUCUCAGUGGAUACAGAUAGUCUUGUUUCUACAGACAAUGAGUCUGAUUUGCUACUGGGCAUUCUGGACAUCCUUGACCCAGAGCUGUUCCUCAAAUCUUGUGAACAAGCGUGCCAGGAGCCGCAGGUGCUGCUGGUCGGAGGGGGCAACUCAGUACCUGCCGCCACACCUGCACCUCUGGGGGCCUCAUCAGUUAAGCUGGAGACCCUUAAUGAACUGAUUCACUUUGACCACAUCUACACCAAGCCCGUGGAGGAGGUGAGCAGCGGGCAAAGCAGCGACUUGGAGAGCGGCACAAAUGAGAAGAUUAACGAGGUGGCUUAUCCCGUUACCGAGGUUGUGGUAGAGGAGGAGACUGUCUGCAUCAAAGACGAACCAGAGGAAGUGGUCAUCCCCACCUGUAAUAGUCAGGUGGAUGACUUUUUCUCUGGAGCCUCCUCCCCUGCCCUCGGCAGCCUCGAUAAGGAAGCCUGCCUGGUGGACACCUACAGCGACUCUGGAUAUGAAGGGUCUGCUUCCCCUUUCAGCGACAUGUCCUCUCCCUUGUGUUCUGAGAGCACUUGGGAGGACAUGUUUGCUAAUGAACUCUUUCCCCAGCUUAUCAGUGUCUGAAUCCAACUCCUCUACCCACAAAGUUAUUAACAUGCAUAGUGUAUAUACACAUGAAAGCUAAUGUGUAGCUUUAGCAACAAAUAAACAUUCAACACUUCAGUCGCAUAAUUUUUUUAAAUUUUUAAUUUUAAUUUUUUUUUUUUUUUAAAGCUGGUUCAACAUAUAAAGGCUAAAGUUAAUUACAUAAUCUGCUUUUGACAGCAGGUCUGUACCACUGCUGAUGCUGCAUUGAUGGAGUUCAUGACGACUUCUUUUGGUGUAACAUUAUAGAGGAUUUAAGAUUGCCAACAAAUCUUUCACUUACUGAUCAGAAUGAAAUGUGGGUGGAUUCCAGUAUUUGUAAUUAUUUUUUUUUUCUCUCCUGAGGGGUAAUGGGGACCCAUCACUUGAAUAUUACACUUUAUUUAUUUGUGUAUCUCGCUUCAGAGUUAUGUCCACAUGUAAAAAUGUUUUUCUUUAAAUUUUUGACCGAUCUCCUUGUAGUCUCAUUUCUGCAUUAAAAAAUUUUUUUUUGCAUUG